AUGAGUCCCAAACUUCCACAACAAGACAAAGAAUCAGCCCCACCAAUUUUCUUAUUUAGUCAUUCUUCUCACACGAAGAUUGCUUAUCGUACUCGAUUGAUAUCAGUUUUGGAUGUUAUUCGAUUCUUACUCAAACAAGGAUUAGCUUUCCGAGAAUAUGAUGAGUCGAGUGAUUCAUUGAGUAGAGGAAACUUUCUUGAGUUACUCCAAAGGGAUUGUGAGCAUAAUGAAAAGAUUGCAAAAGUACUAAAUAUUAAUGCUCUAGGAAACUAUCAGAUGACUGCUCCAAGUUUUCAAAAAGAGAUAGUGAAUGCUUGUGCAGAAGAAGUGAGAACUAAUAUUAUUAAGGAUAUUGGAGAUCGUGUUUUCACACUCAUGGUUGACGAAUCUCGCGAUAACUCUGUGAAAGAACAAAUGGCUACUAUGGUGAGAUAUGUUGAUGAUCAUGGAGAAAUCCUUGAGAGACUGCGAGGACAAGUAUAUGAUGGGGCUUCAAACAUGCGUGGAGAAUUCAACGGUUUAAAGGCUCUCAUACUUAAUGAGAAUGCUCAUGCUAGGUAUGUUCAUUGUUUUUCUCACCAGUUUCAAUUGGUAGUUGUUGCAGUUGCAAAAACAUUAUCAAUUGUGGAGAAUUCAUUUAGCUAUUUAUCCAUAAUUUUGAACACUGUUGGAGCUUCCUAUAAAAGAAAAAAUGCACUCAGACAAAGCCAACAUGAUCAUAUGGUCACACAAUUAGCAAAUGGUGAAAUCUUUUCGGGAAGAGGAUUGCAUCAAGAGACAAGUCUUGCAAGACCUGGAGACACGAGGUGGGGCUCUCAUUAUCAUACGGUAAUGCGUAUAUUAACGAUGUGGCCUUCAGUAAUGAAAGUGCUUGGAAAUGUUCAUGAUGAUGCAGUCGGUUCAAAGGAUAGAGGUGCGAAUUUGGGUUUGCUUGACCGAAUGGAAAAUUUUGAAUUCGUAUUCACCUUGCAUUUGAUGAAGAAAGUAUUGGCCAUUACAAAUGGACUGUCACAAGUUUUGCAAGAGAAAAAUCAAAAUAUUUUGAAUGCUUUGGACAUGAUACAUGUCAUGAAGGUCAAGUUCCAGUCAUUUAGGGAAGAUGGAUGGAAUAAUCUUUUUGAUGAGGUAUGCAAGUUUUGUGUUGAAAAUUCUAUCGACGUGCCUAAUUUGGAAGAUAGUUUACCAAUCUGUGGUCGAUCAAAACGUGAAAGUCAAAGUAUAACAUAUUUUCACCGUUGCCGUGUGGAAAUCGUUUUUGAGGUUAUUGAAGUGAUUGUGCACGAGAUGAAUAGUCGUUUCUCAGAAGGGAACAAUGAGUUGCUUUCUUGCAUAAGCUGUCUGGAUCCGAGACAAUCAUUUUCCAGAUUUAAUGCUCUGAAAUUGCGUCGUCUAGCCGAGUUUUAUCUAGAAGAUUUUUCUGCAUUUGAUUUGACGAUGUUAAGCAAUCAAUUGGAUAUAUACAUAUAUGAUGUGAGGCAAAGAGCUGAUUUUGUUGAACUUGUAGGAAUCGGUCAACUUGCAAAGAAGCUGGUGAAAACAGAGAAGUACUUGAUAUAUCCUCUUAUUUAUCGAUUGAUAGAAUUAGCAUUGGUUUUACCAGUUGCAACUGCUUCAGUUAAAAGAGCAUUUUCAGCAAUGAAUAUUAUCAAGACCGAUUUGCGUAGUAAAAUGGGGGAUGAGUUUUUGAGCGACAGUUUAUCAUGUUAUAUUGAAAAGACAAUAUUUUUGAAGAUUGAUAAUGAGCCCAUUCUACAACGCUUUCAAGCUAUGCAGACCCGGAGAAUGCAAUUGCCUCGUAUUGAUGAAAACUAA